GCUUUGGGUUUGAAGCUGGUGAAGAAGGUUGAUGAUAGACCUCAAUACAAGUACACUUUAGCUAUGCUUGGGUAUGCAGAGGAGCACGAGACAGUUGUGUUGGAGCUGACAUAUAACUAUGGUGUCACUGGAUACACCAAGGGAUGCUUAUGCACAAGUUGCUAUUGCCACUGAUGAUGUAUACAAGAGUGCUGAGGUAGUCAACAUAGUCACUCAAGAGCUUGGAGGAAGAUUACCAGGCAGCCAGGUGUUGGUUGACAACAUUUUCUGAAGGAACUGGAGUGAAGUUUGCUAGCUUUUCAGUUUUCACGAAUAAUGAGUUUUCAGUUUUCAAGCUUGAAUGCUUCAGUUCUCUGGAAAGUUUGUAGAUCAUGAAGGAGGUAAUUUGUAAUUCAUUGAAAGGAGCAAUACCAGUGGUGCUAAUGGUGUUGUCUCAGGUUGGAUAUGCUGCUGUGAAUAUAAUGUACAAGCUGGCCAUAAAUGAUGGAAUGAGUAUGAGGGUAGCUGCCGCUUACCGCCUUUCUUUUGCAGCGGCUUUUACUAUUCCCCUUGCUCUUAUCUUUGAUAGGAAGAAGAGACCAAAGCUUACUUGGAAGGUUCUCUAUAUGACAUUUCUUUGUGGAUUAUUUGGGGGAAGUUUGCUUCUAAACCUUUAUGGCGUGGGACUAACUUUGACUUCAGCAACAUUUAUGUUGUCAAUGCUCAACCUUGUUCCAGGAGUUACCUUCAUCAUGGCCAUAUCCUUCGGAUUGGAAAAGCUAAAUUGGGGAUUAGCAGAGGGAAAGGCCAAGAUAAUAGGAACAUUAAUUAGCAUAAGUGGGGCAAUGCUGAUGAUAUUUUAUAAAGGAGGAGAAAUUGAUAUUUGGAAAUCCAAUAUAAACCUUAUGCAUCAACGUCAUAAUCAAAAUGGGCUUAUGGAACCACUGCAUGCUGAUUUUAGUAAUAAACUAUUGGGAAUUCCAUGUGCUAUAGGAAGUUGUUGCUCAUUUUCUUUGUGGUUAAUUAUCCAGACUAAGUUGAAUGAAGAAUAUCCAUGCCAUCAUUCAAGCUCAGCUUUGAUGUCCACCAUGGGAGCAAUUCAGGCCAUUGUUUUGGCUCUUUGUGUUGAUAGAGAGUGGGCGCAAUGGAAGCUCGGUUAUGAUAUCAGACUUCUCACUAUUGUUUAUUCGGGAAUUGUAGGUUCAGGAAUAGUGAUUGUUGCCAUUGCUUGGUGCAUAAAAAUGAGAGGUCCUAUAUUUGCAUCUAUUUUCAAUCCUCUUCAGCUUUUACUUGUGGCUAUCUCUGCCUAUUUGUUAUUGGAUGAAAAGUUAUAUUUAGGAAGUGUCUUUGGAGCAGUGUUAAUCGUAUGCGGCAUAUAUGCAGUGCUUUGGAGCAAAAGCAAAGAAAUGAAAAACAAGAUUAAGUUGUUAUCAUUAGAGAUCGACAUUAAGUCUGAGCCGGUGGUUGAGAUCGUUAUGUCCAAUCCUCAUAAGUGAACGAGAAAUUAUAUUUAUUUUUUUUAUGGAGGAGAAAUUAUAUUCCAUCCUAAUCAUUUUACACUAAUAAAUUAGGAUACAUAGAUACAUAUAUGAAAGCAAUAGAAAAACAGGAUCCAGUUUCCGUGCCGUAAGAAAAUGACGUAGUUACACGUAGUUACACGCAUCAAUAGAUUUUGGUAAUUGAUUCUAAGAUCGGACGAUCUAAAUCACACAUUUAGAAAAUCCACCUUAAAUAAUCCCGACCAUUGGUUAUGUUCAGACAGUUGAAAGUAGUAAUUGCAUACAUGGAGGUUGAACUAAUUUGUAAUUAGGUUCUACCAUUAAACUGAUGUUAAUAAAUUGUUAGUCAACAAUGGUGUCAUAUUAUAUAAAUAGGUCCCUUCGGCAAUUUUUUGAUUGUAAAUAAGUCCCUAAACUAAUUUAAACAAUGCAAAUUGGUCCUUAGAAAAUUCUCUAACACCAUAGCUUAUUGCCUUAA